GCAGGGAUUGCUGCAUUAUUCGUAGGCUUUCCUCUCGACACGGGUCAGUCGACGGCCGCCAACUAAUCUCCCUAGGGCUCACAACGAUGCUAGUCAAGGUGCGAUUACAGAGUCCGAAGAUAGCCUCGCGGUACCAUUCUGCCCUCCAUGCGUUUACGACUAUUGUGCGCGAAGAGCGGGUACGGGGGUUGUUUCGAGGUAUAACUUCACCAUUACUUACCAUGGCACCUUUGAAUGGUGUAGUAUUUGCGUCGUACCGCUUCCUGCUCAAGCUGCAGCUCGAUAAACCCGACGUUAAGCCCACUCUAACACAAGUUACGCUUGCUGGCAUGGGCUGUGGACUCCUUGCUAGCAUUGUGACCUCCCCUACCGAACUCAUCAAGAUCCAGCAGCAAACGAUGAUUGUUCCCAAGUCCGGCGUCGCACCGACAGCCAAGGACGUUGCGCUCGCAAUAUAUCGCACGAGCGGCGUCCGCGGGCUCUUUCGUGGACUCGUGCCGACCGCGAUUCGCGAGACGGGCUUCGGCGCGUACUUCGGCGUGUACGAGGGCACGCUGAUGCUGUGCUCGCACCUGUCGGCGCGGACACAUAUCCUCGAGGCCGACCCGCGGAAGCCAGGCUCGGAAGGCGUCGUCUCGAAAGAGCCUCAUUCAUACUGGGCGCUGCUCCUGGCGGGCGGACUCGCAGGUGUUGUGAGCUGGCUCGUCACGUUCCCGUUCGACGUCAUCAAGACACGAGUGCAGUCCACGGUUGCACCUGCUCGGGAUCACCCUUACCGCACCGUUUUCUCGACCAUCGUGAACUCAUACAGGCAGGAAGGCCUCGCCGUGUUUUUCCGCGGCUUGCAGCCGACGCUCAUACGUGCGAUACCGGUAAACAUGGUGACAUUCGCGACCUUCGAGACAGUAGUUCGUGCUAUGACAUAGAUAGAGUCAGGCAACGGUUCCCAAUAGAUGCGCCAGCACCCCUCCGCCAGCUAGUAGUCAUAGCUAAUACCCGAAGCAUAACGAACGAAUCCAUUUCAGCAGGCAUGUACAUGCUAUCACGAAUCCAGUCAACUACCGUCAGCAGGAAUUGCCUC